CGCCCGCCCCCCUUCUUCCUCCGUCUUCACCGAAGCCCCUUUCUCCCCUCCAAGCUCUCCCAACUCCAGCUCGCCGUCCUCGCCCGACUUCGCCCGACCUCGACGCCCUGCGCUUCCCCGCUCGAUUGCUCCCCUCCCGCGCCGCACUGCCCCGCCGGAUUGGAGAUCCGGAUCCCCGCGCUCCCGGUGUUUCUGCGAUUUGAGCUUUGUCGCUGCUUCUUGGGCAUUUGAGCUCAAUGGUUGCGAGAUUAGUCUUUUGCAACUUCUUGUACUCAUGUUGAACUUGUUAGGGGCAUAAAUUUGCCAGAACCAGGUUAAUGGCAUCUGGUACAAAAUCAGACUUGCUGUCUGGUAGCCCUGAUGGGCACGGAUACUUCAGUGGACCGCGCGGGCCAUAUUCAGCUGCUUCAUCAUUGGAAAGGUCAGGAAGCUUUCGUGAAGGCGGCGAUGGUUAUGCAAUGUUUCCAGUAUCAAGCUCAUCGAGAUCACCAGCAGUUGAUUCUGCUACCCUGCUUCAGUCCCUUGCCAUGGAAUUAAGAACAAUAACUUUGGAUCAGAAAGCACCUCGGUUAGAUGUAAAAAAAUCUGUAAGUUCCAUGUUUGGAAUUUCCCCAGAAGAGUCAACAUCAACUCCAUGUAUAGGAAGGAACUUUCCUAAUUCUGUUGAAGAGAUCAGACGUCUGAAGAAUAAUAUUAAUGAUAUGUCAAACAAAGCUAGGGAAAGAGCUAGAGCUUAUGGUGCUGCUGUAGCGAAGAUCGAUAAAUAUUGUCCUAAUAUUUCACGAAAGCGUUCCCGUGGAGAUGGUUCAUCUAGUGAACGAUCUACUGCAUCUCUGUCUGGAGGAUUUAUAUCCAGGACUGUUCCUCAAGGCCAUCUAAAUGCAGAUGAUACAGAACUUGGGCCUCAAAAAGAAGAGAGGACAAAGAAUGCUGUACAAAAUAGGAGAUUGCGUACAUCAAUGACAGAGAUGGAUGCAAGAACCACAAGUCUGUCAAGGGGGCUGGGGCUUAUUGAUAGAAGCUCAGAUCCUGGGAAACUCACAAAUGGUGGUCCAGUAGUCCCCGAAGAGAAAAGUAGAGGCUUGGCAACUAGUAUUGAUGGUUGGGAGAAGCCAAAGAUCAAGAAGAAGCGUUCUGCCAUUAAGGUAGAUGUUUCAUCAGCUGGCACUUCACGAACCACAGAUGUAGACCGGGAGCAGAAACAAGGCACACAACACAAGUUUAGCAGUGAUGCUAGAGCAAGAAUGGGAAGUUCCCCUAGUUUCAGGUUGGGAACUGCUGCAUCUGUCUCUGCCGCUGGUAAAGCAGACUUGCUUUCUGCACAAAAUGGUCUUGUUGGGCGAUCCUUGAAUAGGAAUGACCAAGACAGCAGUUUCCAUCCUACCAACAGAAGGGAUCGUCAAGUUGCUUUAGAUAAGGAAAUGUCGAAUCUAAAAGCUAUUAACAAACUUAGCGAAGAUGACUCUGGUGCUAAUACCACAUCAGUAUCAAAGGCAAACGGAUCUGCUAGGGGACCCCGAUCAAAUUCUGGUUCGUUACUGAAGUCAUCUGCAAACAUUCAUCGACUACAAGCUAAUCCUGAUGAUUGGGAGCAUCCUUCUGGCACAAAUAAGUUGAAUUCCGCUAGUGGAUCUGGCAAUUCCAAACGUACGAAGUCUGCACAUUCACUAUCCCCUCCCGCUCAGUGGGGUGGGCAGAGACCUCAGAAGAUAUCCCGUUCAGCAAGAAAGUCAAAUCUAGUCCCCCUUAUCACAACCACUGAUGGGGCAUCAGUAUCAGGUUCGUUGGAAAGUCCAUCCAUCAGUGAACAGUCUGCAGGGUUGCCCAGGCGCGCAUCAAUAAGUGGCCCAAAUCAAGCCAAACGGGGAGACCAUGGGCUCUCAACUGGAUCUGAAGGAGACGAGUUUGGAUUUGCUGAGAAAAAGUUAAGGGAUAAAACCAAAAGGACUGGUGAACUUGAUGACGGCCACAGUGGUUUUCAAAAGAUUGCAAUGCUUGGGCAUCCUUCCAAAAGGAACAAGUUAUCGACUGAUGAGGAUACUGGAGAUGCUUCACGGAGACAAGGAAGGAUUGGGCGUAGUUUUACUCCAACCAGGCCCAGUACCCCUGCAUCACUUGACAACCUUGAAAAUGCUCCGACGACAAAACAAAGAAGUGUUAGGACAGUAUCAGAGAGAAACGAAAGUAAAUCUGGAAGACCACUGAUAAAAAAGAUAUCGGAACGAAAAGGCAAUGCACGCCCUAGACAUACAAGUAGCACUGUGCAGUCGGAUUCUCCUGGUAUAUGCCCACCACUGCAAUCAGAAGAUGAUCAUGAAGAGCUUCUUGCCUCAGCAAAUGCAGCUCUAAGGUCUGCUUAUGCAAGUCCAUUCUGGCGGUUGGUUGAACCUUUCUUCUGUUUUCUGACCACGGAAGACAUAGCCUACCUAAGUCAACAGAUACAUUUGCCAGAUGACUCUGCUGCAAGCAGGUCAGUUGAAGGAGAUGAAAGUCAGAAAUGCAAGGGUAGCCUUGAAUACAUUUCAGAGCCAUCAACUCCGGCUGCUAGCAACAAAGAUGACCAUAGUGCUCUUCUAAAUGGUUAUACUCUGAAUGGUAUGGUCAAUGAUGCAGACAUUUCCUGGGGAACAAGCUGCAUUGAACCUAUCCUGGAUCAACUUGUCCAAGGAAUUGAUGUGCGAAUUGGUGGUUCAGUUGGCCAAAGACUUAUUCAAGCUUGGAUAGAUGAAGAUAAGGUUGAUGAUAUAGCCAACGACAUUUACAGAAGCGAAGAGUGCCCAUUCGAUACACAUGAAAUUCAUUUUGAUGAAGGAGGAUGGAAAUCUCAUUCAGAAGGUUACAAGUUGGAGCCGUUAAUGAAUUAUGAAGCCGCAGGAAAUUGCCCUAAUGGUUUGAUGUUGGGAUCUGAUUGGAAAUAUCAUGAUGAAGUCUCUAACAAGAACAGUAAUGUCAUGGAAAAAGCCAAGGCGUGGCCUGAGUUUCAGUACAGUGAAAUGUGCCUCAGUGAUAGGAUCAUCAUCGAGCUAAGUGAAGUGGGUGUAUCUAUUGAACCUGUGCCUGAUCUUGCACAGAGUGAAGAUGAGGAUGUCAAUGCUGAAAUCUGCAAAUUAGAAGGCCAACUUCAUAAAGGGGUUGUGGAGAAGAAAAAAUUACUAGCGAAGUUGGAUGGAGUGGUAAGAACCGAGAAGGAGUCUCAGCAAAGGGAAUUUUCGCGACGCGCUAUGGAGAGACUUGUGCUGAUUGCUUACGAGAAAUACAUGGCUUUCUGUGGUUCAAAUAGUUCGAGCAGCAAAAAUGUUAAUAGAGCUGGCAGAGAUGCUGCCCUCAGUUUUGUUAAACGUGCAAUAGCACGUUGUCAUAUCUACGAGGAGGCAGGAAGAAGCUGUUUUGAUGAGCCCCCAUUCAAGGAUAUGUUUGUAUCAGCAACUUCUCACCGAAGAGACCCAGAUUCUACUUCACAAGACAAUAAUACACCACCAAAAUCAGUGCAAAGGCCUAGUGCAGCAGAUGCUUCUCGAGCGAGCAGUCACCUGUCGGAUCUGCCAUUUGCUAAGGAGGAUCCGUGGACAAAUAAUGUGAAACAAAGGGAAUUGUUGCUUGAUGAGGUUGUGGGUAGCAUAACCGGAGGAACUCUUAAAGCUUCUGGCCUUGGGACUUCCCUUGUUAGCAGCAAUACAAAAGGAAAGAGAAGUGAGAGAGAUAGGGAAGGGAAGGGGCACAACCGAGAUGGUAGUAGAUCUGGGCGACCGCCGUCGUCCAAUGCAAAAGGGGAACGGAAGAACAAAACAAAGCCAAAGCAGAGGACAGCCAACAUAUCUGGUCCUGUCAGCAGUGCUCUUCCGCGGGAUCCACAGCCACAGCCGGAGACCAAACCAACUCCAAACAGAAGCAAGGGCAGUAGCUCAGCUGCCACUAGACGCGAUGAACCUGUGAAUCCUGCAAAUGAUUCAGAAAUACCUGACUUAUCUAACCUCGAGCUGCCAGGAAUCGACGGUGAUUUCGGCGGCUGGUUAAAUAAUAUAGACGACGAUGAUGGGUUCCAGGAUCUCGACUUGAUGGGCCUCGAGAUCCCCAUGGACGACAUCAAUGAGAUUAAUCUCAUGAUAUAGGCCCACAUAGAAAGCUUGAUAUAGUGCACAGGUAACAGGUGAUUUUCUCAAGAUAACCACCAACCCCCAGCAGGUUUAACACCAGGCCUGAAAGGCUCCAGGUAGAUUUUUUUGUUUUUUGUUUCGAAAAAGUUACUAGAGAACCUCCAUGUCCCCUGUCUACACCCCCCACGUUUUGUAUCAGCGUGCAGCUCGCCUCCCUCCCUUGUACAAUACGUUACACUGUACUGUACAUAUCUAUUUUGGUGUUGUACAAGGCAGGGAGGCCAGCUGCUCCAUUUAUCCCAGGUGUACUCAAACGGCUGUAUAUAUGUCCCUCGUGCUAAAAUAAAGCGAUGUCAGUUAUAGCUUUA